CCACGUUAACUCCCUCAUUCUCGACUCAACAUUCAAUCAUCAUCCUGUGCCCAUUACCCCCCUCUCUCUCUCUCUCUCUCUCUCUGCGGUGAUGACGUGCAAGCGGAGGACGGAAAUCGCGGAAAUCCGCAACAAGUCCGCCAAGAAUGUGACUUUUACAAAGCGGAGACAGGGGCUGUUCAAGAAGGCUAGCGAGCUCAGCGUCCUAUGCGGUGUCCGGGUCGGGAUUGUCACGUUCUCGCCGGCAGGAAAGCCGUUCUUGUUUGGGGAAGAUGUUAUUGCCGAUUACUUGAUGCAGUCGAGGCCGUCUUCGGGAUCGGAGUUUGACACGACUGUCAAGAGGAUUAAGAGCGCGCCUGAUGGUUCUUGCGAGACUGUGGAGGAGUUGGAGUCACUGAUCAGAGAAAACGAGUCGCUCCAGCAAGCCGUGGCACGCCGCUUGGAGAGUGGCUCGUUCGCUGCUUCAAGUUCGGGUUCGCGUGGGGCUAUCUCGGGUUUUCACAGUUGCUGCGCCAUGAAUGGCGAGUUUGGCUCAUCAAUUCAGACAACUAAGGCGUCGACACUCUUAAACCGGUCCGUUCCUCUGCAAUAUGGCCCCGAGUCAAUCACCGACCCACUCGAGCCUCACACCGCCGCCAAUACACCCGACUCGAUGACUUCAGGCUUGACGGAGGCCGAAGUAGAAGCGUGGGUCUCGACACUCUUGAACCCAUCCGUUCCUCCGCUGCAAUAUGGCCCCGAGUCAGUCACCUACCCACUCGAGCCUCACACCGCCGCCAAUACACCCUACUCGACGACUUCAGGCUUGACGGAGGCCGAAGUAGAAGCGUGGGUCCCGACACUCUUGAACCCAUCCGUUCCUCUGCUGCAAUAUGGCCCCGAGUCAGUCGCCUACCCACUCGAGCCUCACACUGCCGCCAAUACACCCGACUCGACGACUUCAGGCUUGACGGAGGCCGAAGUAGAAGCGUGGGUCCCGACACUCUUGAACCCAUCCGUUCCUCUGCUGCAAUAUGGCCCCGAGUCAGUCACCUACCCACUCGAGCCUCACACCGCCGCCAAUACACCCUACUCGACGACUUCAGGCUUGACGGAGGCCGAAGUAGAAGCGUGGGUCCCGACACUCUUGAACCCAUCCGUUACUCUGCAAUGUGGCCCCGAGUCAGUCACCUACCCACUCGAGCCUCCCACCGCCGCCAAUACACCCGACUUGACGACUUCAGGCUUGAUGGAGGCCGAAGUAGAAGCGUGGGUCUCGACACUCUUAAACCCAUCCGUUCCUCUGCUGCAAUAUGACCCCGAGUCAGUCACCUACCCACUCGAGCCUCCCACUGCCGCCAAUACACCCGACUCGAUGACUUCAGGCUUGACGGAGGCCGAGAUAGACGCGUGGGUUGAUACCCUGCUUGGAGAAAGAUUAGAUUAGAGAUCGACUUUUGUGUUAGAUUAGAUCAGAUCAGAUUAGAUUAGAGAUUGACUUUUGCUCUAUCAAUCAUGUAAUCAACUCCGAGUUGAAUUGAUAUUGCUUGUUUGUUCCUCUUAAUUCUCGCUUUAAUUCAAUGAUAUUGAGUUCCUCUUAAUAAUUCCCUUAUGAGAUAAGUCUCUGAUUCAUUCUUACGUUCGUUUAUGUGCUUUUUCCGGCAAUCUGCAGAAGAUGAAACAGAUACAUUUUCCGUUCUCGAAGUCAGCUCGUACCAAGGCGAGUGAAGAACGAAUAUUGUCUUUCUUUUUUGGCAAUAUACGGGAUAUAAAAUGGUCAAUACUCAUAAAAAAACCGAGUUACACGUACGUCUAAGUACCAUUGAUAGAUCCUCGGAGACCUCGAGCUAAACAAAAUUUCAUCCCUUAAAAGUCGGAAACUGUCGAGUCUUAUGUCCUUACAAGGCCUGAGUACCUAACAUUAACCAAACACUGUCCGAGUUAGGGAUCAUCGAUUCAUCUCCUCUUGAAAAUUUUGCUCUUAAGAGCACCUACACUACCUCGC